UGUUGAAAGAGACACCGGAGAAGCAUCACCAGGAGCAAAGGAGAAGUCAACGAAAGACAAUGGCCAGAUUUCUAUCACCACAGCGGAUGGAAAACAUAUCUGCCUCAAACGACACAACGCAGUGCAACUUCUGUAAGUCAUACCUCGACUACAUCGAGAGGUGCCUGAUGAACAGAACUGCUGCGCAGGUGAUGUACCAGGUGAGCGUGACUUGCGAGUUUUUCUACACAGCCAUCGAGGAACCCUGCCGGCUUGCCGUGGACAAAAACGCCAAUAUUAUUUACAACGGCCUCAAGUAUCACAGUGACCCAGCCAGGCUGUGUGGCAUUAUGACGCUCUGCCCGCAGACAUCCGCUGCACGGAGGCAAGAACUUUCCGGAGAUCCGUGGUCGAGAAACUGUGACUUCAACCCAGCGAUGGAACUAUUGGAACUUUGAUUGGAACUGUAUUAAUCGUUACUCGGACUAUUUAUCACGCUCCAGAGGCAUGCAUGCAGCUGAUCUGGAAACCUACUUAACGGGGAUUAUGGAACUUAUGGUUUAAUAAGUUCACAUGCACUCUUAAAAAGAAAACGGUUGUAGUUCUUACUAACUUCGGUUUGCUAACUACAUGUCACAUAUGUUACUACCUUGUUAGUAUGUGCGGUUAGUAACGGGAAGGUUAGUAACCGUUACUACCCUCGCCGUUACAAACGCAAUUAGUAGCGGUUACUACCCUUCUCGUUGCUAACUAGUAAAAUAUAGAUAGUAACGGUUACUACCCAAAAUGAAGUAGUAAACGUGGUCCUUUCGACUCACGAAUCACUUGGUUUUUUUAACGGCCAAAUUCCUGAGCAUCAACAUUGCGAUAUAUCAUUAGGUAUAAUUAUGCACAGAAUGUCAUGAAUGAGAACAGCACACAUACACAACGACAAGGCUACGCGACGCAUAUAACUUAUAAGUGGUUCCAGGAGUAUUUAUAGCCCUAUACCUAUGGAGUACGCAGAUGGUG